AUGCCGCAAGUCGUAGUAGUGUCUCACCUUGAAUCCAGCAGCUCUAAGAUGAAGAAUAACAACUUAUACUCCACCUCUGCCAGUGAAAAUCGAUCUCCUGGACAUCCUGUCUCCGAUCAAAGUUGUGACCAGUUUGGUCACCGAGACAAGUUUCUGUUCUUCUCAGCGAAAGACGGGAGGAUCUUUUUCAUGGUUAGCGACAGCAUUGGAGAUAAGACUGGGAACCGCCUCAGGAUGAAAGGAGGAGAUCAUAAAGAGUACCCGGCCAUUAAGACAGCAAAACUACACAGUGAACCAGGGAACAUCGAGACAUUCUAUCCAUUUACUCGCAAUCAACGAAAACAAGCCCAAAAGGACGCGAUCAAGUCAGGCAAAUACCUUUUUCGUGCGAUUAGUAACAUGGAAAUUGCCUUCAUCCUCGUCUUCGGCGCAUCCUAUUGUGCUUCCUUCUCCAUGGGUCUGGGUUUGGGAGAAGAGUGUACCCUCGGUGGUCAGACAUGCACACUAAACUCUUCUGAAUGUGCCCCCUCACAGUUCGAACCAGAUCGUAACGUAUGUCAGUGCAAAGAUGGAUACCUGGUGGAUAAUGAGACAAAAGAAGGAGGAGAGUGUUCCAACGACAGUGAUUGCGUGGUCCAUGCUCUUUGCCAGGAGGAAGGAGGACGAUAUUUUUGCCGAUGCAACGAGGAAGAUAACAUUGUUUUUAAUCCGGAAGAUGGAUAUUGUAGGUCACCUUCUGUUCUCCCCCAACAGGGAGGGCCUCAGAGGUCAUCCACCAGUGAUGCCCUCCUACUCUUGAAAGGGCUGGCCUACAAGCUCUUUUAG